UCGUACCCGUACGUUUCUCAUGUGACAUGCACAUGCUACACACUAAGGAGGACAAGUGUCCUCGAUCGCUGUUGGGGGGUGCCCUCCCCAACCGCACUGUGAGGCCCCCCAUUACGACGCUCCUUGUGCGUUGUCACGUGGACCAGGGUGAUAGUCGUGGUCAUAGGGUACGCACUUCAAUGCUCAUUCACUAUCUCCGAACCACCUGGAGGGACGGGGUGCUGGCCACCAUCGGAUUCGACUUUCUCAGGGAUCUGAUGAUGGGAAUCGUAAAGGAGCUUGAGGCAGAUGGGACCUUGAAUGCGGAAGGCGUACUCAAGGAGGACCGCCUCUGGAGCUACCUGAUCCCCGCCAUGCUGGCAUGCAUCAUGCUGCCCAUCCGGAUUCCCGAGAGACCAUCAAGGGUUACACUCAGCUCUCUGCGAGCUGUGGCACGAAAACGAGGCAGCAUGGCGCAGGAUCCGGACGAAUGGGUGAACGCUCUCGGCCAGAUGAUCACGCUCCCUAAUGGCAGGAAGGCAUGGAAGAAGCAAAAAUCUGACUGUGACACAUUCCUGCACCUGAAGUACACCAGUCGCGUAAUGGAACCGCUUUCUGUCAGGAGGCUGGUGAAUGAGGUACUCAGCAGGGUAAUCGGCGAUGAUACGGCGACUUGGCUAGAGCACACGAAGAUCGAUUGGACUUAUAAUCCGAAGAUAGCCUCCAAGUUGUGCAGGCCGGCGGAGACAUUCUGCGAGUUCGACGUGGCACAAUGGAUGGAAAGCUACCAUCCGGAGCAAUGUCCUUGCAGGUCACGGAGAUAUAUGGACAUGCGCAACAAUUGGUCGAUUGAGUUGCUCGGGAGUGAGGGUUGCACGCACGUCAUCACACUGGACUCGUCAAUCACGGAUAGCCCGCUGCAGCAAGGCAUCAUCAGGGUCAGCCUCAACCAUAUCCCGUGCAUGGCACUGGAUGUGGAGGAGGUGAGCGUCGAGCUAGGAAACUGUCUGGACGAACUAUUCGCAUGGGUAACGGAGCUGAGCGACCUCAAUGCCUCUACCGAGUCGUUUCUUCGAAGGGUCAUUAUGAAGAAAGCGAAGGCGAAGAUGGAGAGGUACAGUGUUGCGGACAGACACGCUUUUGCCGAACCGUUCGAGCACCCGACUGUCAAGAGGGAGCUGGAAUUCACAACUGGCAGAUUCCUUAUCUGCCCCACUGACAAGGCGCCCAACACUUCGGCCUUUGUAUGCAAGAACUUCAUGCGGAAGCUAGCAUUCCAGAGGCUCUCCGGUCCCGAAUUCGCCAGCAUCAACGUACCACCUGCGGCCGUCAUCGCACGUAUACGCGGCGAACUCUCUGCUCUGCGUGAGGUUCCCACCGCACCGGCAACACUCCUGUACCUCAUGACAGUUCUCAAGGCACACAAGGGGACUUUCCGUUGGAUCACGAACACCGCUAAUACCAUCAUCUCCAUUGCCGUAGAGGUCUGUGCCUGUUUGCUGAGGUUCCUACUUCCACUGGCGCAGGUCUUCUUUCAGGAGAGAAGCUUGGAGGUGGAAGAGCAGUAUGGAGUCUGACCGAAUCUCUGGUGGGCCAUAGCCUCGGUGGGCGAAUUCCAUGCGAACCUUCCGGAGAAGGUAUACUCGGUGUUUACGGCCAACAUCACCAG